AUGGGCACAGAAAAGAGGUCGGAACGACCGAUCGUUGCUCCAGCCGACUCCGCGGCAAGCUCGCCGGGACCAGCUCGGAGCCCAGCGGCUGCACCUGCCAAAUUGACGGUUCCCGUUGACCUUCCGACGCAGCCGGUGAAAAUAGUUCUUGACCUGGAUGCGACAGUGGCGAAUAUGAUGGACAAAUUGCUGGCCCAGCAUCGCCACGAGAUGGGAGGGUCCAACGACGUGAUUAUUUGGGAAGUAGCAAACCAAGUGCGGCGCCCGGUUAGACUGAUUGAGAAAGUCAAGGCUGUUAUGGACACCUGGAGGCUGGACUCUGGCUCCAGGUACUGCUUUGAGACGUCGCUGGGUGACGUGCGGUACGAUGUACACUCGCUUGCAUCGCUGAUUCCUAGACGGGAUAUGCUCAAAAGCCCUCCCGAGCUUAGGAACCUGAUUGUUCAUUUCUCUGUACCGCGAUCGCGCUCGAUGUCGCCCAGCGAGUGGUCGUUGUGUCUACUGAAUCUCCGUAACGGCACAGUGUCCAUCACGCAGAGAUCGCACACAAACUCGCAGCUCAAGUACUCGAGAACGCUACAGAUCUCUACGAUUGACAUCUACGAGCUCACAAAGAACGUUGGGCCGGCAAAGCACACAUUCGCCUUGCGGUCCUGUCUCCCCCGCAGUUACUUUAUCGACUCAAGUGACAGCAUUGUAUUUAUUAGCCUCGACUCGGACCCAGACUACUCGGUGCUCCGAAACGUUGUUUACACACUGAGGUCAACAGCCAUUGAACAUCCACAUGGGUUAAUCAUGUCCUCCAAUUCAGUGAACCUUGUGUCGGGUCCUCCGUCAGGCAGCACCAGCCGAGAAUCGACUCCAGCGGUUCUAUCGCGGGCAAGUUCUCUGCGCAAACCAUUAAUGAUGGCACUAGACUUUGAUCAUGAUGCACGUAUAGCACCCACUGGAAUGCUAGGUCAGAGGUACGACGCGCGAGCCUACCAGAUGCGUGCUCAAAGUAAUUCACCAGACCUGGCGCUUGCGCGUCCCGGAAUCGAUCCCAAGUCUUUGGUCGGGCAGCUGAAGAGCACGUCAAUGGAGGAUCUACCUCAACGAGGAUUAAUACAAAGAGUUAAGUCUACGACGAGAAGAUAG